ACGGUGCUUGGCUGACCAUGAUGCAGCUACACAGAAAGUUGUGCGCUUCUAAACACCUCAUCAAGUGCAUCUGAAUAGUGUAGCGGGCAGCAUGGAAAUGCUCUGGUACUUUUAUGCAGUUCUUGUGUCUCACUUGUUUUUCCGUUGUUUUGGGGACGCUACCGCCAGACCAGCCGGUCUUUGCUCAUCCUCCGCUUACCCUCUGCCUACCACAGAAGGUAAGCCCCGUUCCCCAAGGGUAAGGCUUGGUUUUCAAGCAGGCAAAAAGUCUACCGCCGUCAUUUUUGAGGUUAUUCCUGUCUGAGGUGUUAAGCUUAUGCCUGUGGAGGAGACUAGUGAAAAUGGGAGGCCGUGGGGAUUUCUGUCUGCAGUAAAACCACAAGUCCUACCUCAUGGGGAGCAAGCCUUACCUUUUAG